UUAUGUAAUUGAAAGGAAGCACUUAAGACAAGGUACUAAAUUAACCAAGAAUGUAGAAGUUAGUCAGAAGGGGAAGAAGGCAUUGUGGUACAUGAUAGUAGCAAUGAUUUGGAGAUUUUGUUAAAUGUAGGUAGCAUGGAUUUUAAAUGAAGAAAAGUAAAAUGUGGGUAAUGGUUUAGUGGCCUGAAAUUGGUCCUGGGAUACAAGGAGCAGAUGAAUCUUCCAUUGUUUAAGAGCAAGCAGGAGAAAAGAAGAGGGGUACGCAAUGCGGUCUUGGCACAGGAAUCAGUGACAUUCAAAGAUGUGGCCAUGGAUUUCACCCCAGAGGAAUGGGGGCAACUGGAUCCUGCUCAGAGGGAUGUUAUGCUGGAGAACUAUAGGAACCUCGUCUCUUUGUGGCUUCCAGUUUCCAAACCUGAUGGGAGCUCUAAUUUUGAUCAAGGAGAAAAUCAAUGGAUGAUGGAGAGAAAAGUCCCAAGAGGUACCCAUCCAGACUGGGAUAGUAGGUCUGAGAGCAGAGAGUCGACCUCAGUGCAGGAAAUCACUGAAGAAGAAUCAUCACAAGGGAUGAUUGUGGGAAGAGUCACAGAGGAUGAUGUUUCUAACUUGGAAGAACAUGAGGACUGGUUAGAGAGGCAGCAGGAAAAUGAGAGACAUUUGAGGCAAGUGACAAUUGCCCAAAGGAAAAACCUUACUAAGGAGAAAGACUCUGAAUGUAAUACAUACUGGAAAAGUUUUAAUCAGAGGUCAGUUAUUGUUAAUCAAGAGAAAAUUCCUACCGGAGAGAAUUUGGGUAACUUUGAAAGAAAGACCUUCAAACGAAACUCAAACCUAAAGAAAAAUCAGAGAAUCUACAAAGAGAAAAAACCUUGUAAGUGUAAUGAAUGUGGAGAAUCCUUCAGUUAUCAUUCAGUGCUUAUUCGACAUCAAAGAAUUCAUACUGGAGAGAAACCAUAUACAUGUAAUAAUUGUGGGAAAGCCUUCAGCCACAAAGCUAACCUCAAAAAACAUUUGAAAACUCACACUAGGGCAAGACUUUAUACAUGCAAUGCAUGUGGGAAAACCUUUACUGAGAGCUCAGCUUUUUCUGAACAUCAGAAAACACAUAUUGGAGAGAGACCUUAUGAAUGUAAUGAAUGUGGGAAGGCCUUCAGUCGGACUUCACACCUUAUUCAGCAUAAGAUGAUUCAUACUGGGGAGAAGCCCUAUCAAUGUAAUGAAUGUGACAAAGCCUUCAUCCACUCUUCAGCUCUUAUUAAGCAUCAGAGAACUCAUACUGGAGAGAAACCCUAUACAUGUAGUGAAUGUGGGAAAGCUUUCAGUCACUGCUCCUCCCUUACUAAACAUCAGAGAGUUCAUACUGGGGAGAAACCCUAUGAAUGUAAUGAAUGUGGGAAAACCUUUAGUCAGAGUACGCACCUUGUUCAACAUCAAAGAAUUCAUACUGGAGAGAAACCCUAUGAAUGCAAUGAAUGUGGGAAAACCUUCAGCAGAAGCUCAAACUUUGCCAAACAUCAGAGAAUUCAUAGUGGAAAAAAACCCUAUGAGUGUAAUGAAUGUGGCAAAGCCUUCAUUCAUUCAUCAGCCCUUAUUCAGCAUCAGAAAACUCACACUGGAGAGAAACCCUAUAAAUGUAAUGAGUGUGUGAAAACUUUCAAAUGUAGUUCUUCUCUCCUUAGGCAUCAAAGGCUCCAUACAGGGGAGUAGGCCCCAGAAAAGAAUAAAUGUAGAGAAACUUGAAUAUCUUUACUAGAGAAUAAGCUACUUGAGAGCAGAGACUAUUUAAUUUUUUGUCUCUAUACCCCUAUCAUCAAGCACAUUGCCUGGGACAUAGCAGAUGCUCAAUAAAUGCUUGUGGGAUUGAACUUGUUAUUUUAUUGAAUAUUUUUACAAUUGAGGAAGCAGAUCCAUAAAAGAUUGUAAGUUUUUUGAGGCGGAGCUUUAUAUACUUGUGACUUUAUUUGUACAGCACAUUGCCUAGACCGUGGGCAUUUCUCAUUUAAUAAAUAUUUGUUAGUUCAUUGAUUGUGAUAAUCAUAGAAGCCCCUGCAUUCUCACUCAGGAAAUACAUUAUUAAAGAAAGCCCUACAGAUAAUUUGGAAGUAACAGUCUAAUUCAAGCAUCAUUUACUUUUUGAAGAAUAGGUUAUAGCUGGGCAAAGCAACCAAAAAUACAGUAUUUCCAUUCCUCUCCUCCCACCCCCAAAUUUGUAGAAACCAAUGAAUCUAGCAGUUUUUCUUCCCUGGGGUAUUAAAGUCAUGAGAGUGACCAUACCAAGAACAUAGGAAA